UUUAUUUGACUUGAGUGAGAGAGAGAGAGAGAAAGGAGAAGAAGAAGAAGAAAGAAAGUGACGUAAAAUAGUCUUAAAGAGCUCUUUGGCAGCACAUUAUCUGGGAAUCUGACCAUGUGAGUAGCGUAUACAAAACGCCUCCCCCUGAUGCACGGGGGGUCACAGCCUCCGAAACAAAUGUAGGUGUUUUGGUGAGACAGACGCGGGUGAGCCACUGCCGGAACAGUUGGAACUCCAGUUAAGUUGCCCGUUUCCCGGAGAAUAACGCAACAUCCCGGAGCUGAGCUGCCGACGGACGCUGGGAGACCCGCGAAGAAACCGGCGGCAGGAAGGCAGGGUCCAGACAGCGUCCACUUGCAGAUGGACAGGAGCCCCGUCUUUUAACUGUUGGAAUGGAGCCGCCAGCCGCCAGCGAUGAAACCCGGCCUCUCACGUCUCGGAAGGAGGCCCCCGACUGUAAAGAAGGCGGUGACUGCGUGAAGAACGGACUCCUGCUCAAGGACACCCGGCCCACGUUGCAGCUGGUGGAGGGCGGGAAUAAAACCCCACGCGGCCAGGAGGACAAAGCGGCAACAACGAGCCCCAUCUCCAAUGGGUUUUCGGGAGCUCAGAGCCCGAGUCCCAGCAACGUGGCGGGAGGCAGCGAGGGGCCCCCCUUGGCUCCCCCAACCGACGUGACCACCACGGCCUCGGUCCUGUGUGCAGGGGAAGCUCAGCCACCGCGGCGGGAGCUGGGAGAGAGAGAGACGUGGAGCAAGAAAGUGGAUUUCCUCCUCUCUGUCAUUGGCUACGCAGUGGACCUGGGCAACGUGUGGCGCUUCCCGUACGUCUGUUACCAAAAUGGAGGGGGAGCUUUCCUCAUCCCGUACACAAUCAUGGCUAUCUUCGGAGGUAUCCCCCUCUUCUACAUGGAGCUGGCACUGGGGCAGUACCACCGAAACGGAUGCAUCUCGAUAUGGAGGAAAAUCUGCCCCAUAUUCAAAGGGAUCGGCUUCGCCAUCUGCAUCAUCGCGUUUUACGUUGCCUCGUACUACAACACCAUCAUGGCGUGGGCCUUAUACUACCUCAUCUCCUCCUUCACGGAUGAGCUUCCCUGGACCAGCUGCAAGAACUCCUGGAACACCGACAACUGCACCAACUACUUCUCCAGCAAGAACGUCACCUGGACCAGCAACUCCACCUCCCCGGCAGAAGAAUUUUAUACUCGCCAUGUUCUCCAAGUGCAGAGAGCCAAUGGGCUGGAUGACCUCGGAGGGAUCAGCUGGCAGCUCACGCUCUGUUUGCUGUUUAUCUUCACCAUCGUGUACUUCAGCAUCUGGAAAGGGGUCAAAACAUCUGGAAAGGUUGUGUGGGUGACCGCCACCUUCCCGUAUGUCAUCCUCUUCAUCCUUUUAAUACGGGGCGCGACCCUUCCCGGGGCUUGGAGAGGAGUCGUGUACUACCUGAAGCCUGAGUGGCAGAAACUUCUUUCCACCGAGGUGUGGGUGGACGCAGCUGCUCAGAUCUUCUUCUCUCUUGGACCAGGAUUCGGGGUCCUACUGGCCUUCGCGAGCUACAACAAGUUUCAUAACAACUGCUACCAAGACGCUCUGGUCACCAGCGCGGUGAACUGCGCAACGAGUUUCAUGUCCGGAUUCGUCAUCUUCACCGUGCUGGGCUACAUGGCAGAGAUGAGGAAUGAACCCGUGUCGGAGGUCGCCAAAGAUACAGGACCCAGCCUCCUCUUUAUCACCUAUGCAGAGGCAAUUGCAAACAUGCCUGCCUCCACCUUCUUCGCCAUAAUCUUCUUCCUGAUGCUAAUCACUCUUGGACUGGACAGCACGUUUGCAGGCCUCGAAGGGGUGAUCACAGCGGUCCUGGAUGAAUUCCCACACAUCUGGAGCAAGCGGCGGGAGCUGUUUGUGCUUGGCUUCAUUGUGACCUGCUUCAUGGGUUCGCUGUCAACGCUGACCUUCGGCGGUGCAUACGUGGUGAAGCUGUUCGAAGAAUAUGCCACGGGGCCGGCAGUGAUUGCCGUGGUGUUCCUGGAAUCCAUUGCAGUGGCUUGGUUCUAUGGCAUCAACCAGUUUUGCAGUGAUGUGAAAGAGAUGCUUGGAUUCAGCCCCGGAUGGUUUUGGAGAAUCUGCUGGGUCGCCAUCAGCCCUAUAUUCCUCCUGUUUAUCAUUUGCAGCUUUAUGUCCAGCCCUCCAGAGCUGCGGCUGUUUGACUACACGUAUCCAUACUGGACUAUGGUGGUGGGUUACUGCAUCGGGACGUCGUCUUUCAUCUGCAUCCCUGCUUACAUGGUUUAUCGGUUGGCAACUACGCCAGGAACACUUAAAGAGCGUAUUCUAAAAAGCAUUACUCCAGAAACGGCCACAGAGAUACCCUUUGGCGGCAUCCGCAUGAAUGAUGUUUAAGUAGCCCUUUUUCUUUUGGUGGAUGUGGGAGAGGCGGGGGUUGGUAGCUCCUUGGCUUUCUCAUUGCUUUAAGCUCUUUCCCAAAGAACUGAAUUUUUACCGAGAUGUGCGUUUGGUGACGGAGGCGGAAGUGCGGCGAACAAACGGUUAGGCCCCCAAGCAUUUCCACUUAAGAUUGGCUGCACUCCUCGGCACACCAGACUCCUUUUGAGUUCACAUUACUGCACUGGUUUUGUUUCGAGAACGUGAGGACGUACGAGUGUGAAUGAGUACCCGCAACUCCAUACCUGUGAGUAGGGGGCUGCCUGAAUGCAUGCAUGGUUAACUCAAAGCCUCAUGCAACUGUCACUAGUUAGAAUUAUAUUUAGCAUCCAUUUGUCUGUGCCAGCGCACCUGUAAACUCUCAGUGUGACCCUCUGUAAUAGACUCCCCUGGUGUAUUAGUUUCUACGGAUCUCACUAUUUUCAACAAAGCUGAAGAAAUAAAGGAAGAACUUAUCCAGUCCUGCAAGCCAUAUCUUAUCCGACUAGUACUGGGUUUCGCUGCUUGAAUGGCCUCCCCAAGCCCUGGAAAAGGGACGUCACUGUGUAAAAGUUGAGCUUAGAUCACGCUGCAGCUCGUGUAGUACACUGUCACUUCAGAACUGCUGGGGAGGGAAAGGAAUUGAAUGUCUAGAGGUGGGGAAAAUCAAAUCUUUGUAUCUAGAACACAAACAGGUCAGAGGAACUGGGAAGGUAGAAUUCUUCUAUCUGACAAAGUAGUUACGUGCAUGGAUUGAUUGGCAGUGGUGGUUUUAAUUGGAGGAUCAUUCAGCCAUGCAAUCUCCCUCUGCAGUUUUGAAACAGUCCAGUCCAGCAAGAGCUACAUGGCACGGUGCUGCUGUUCAUGUACCACAGUUGUAAGGGCAGUCUUGAGUGCUAAAGCUGUCAUGGUGUGAAUAUUUUAAACAUCACCAAGGUAAAGGGAUGGCGAGGUGCCUGUUCACCACCUCCUGCCUCACCCCAUGUUGCAAGAAAGUUCAGAUGUUGCUCGUAUCACUUCUUCACCGGCCCACUGCUCCAAGGAAUGCUCUCUUCCUACCCACUUUGGUUUACCCCUUGUAUUUACAACACCAAGCGUCACAUCUUCACGGGACCUGUCCUGGUGGUUUGAUGCAUUCAUGGAACAUAUCUCCCACAUGCUGCAAAAUAACUCUUACAAGGUGUCAACAUGCUUUUCUAUGGGUGGAUGUAGCAUGGUUUUGCAAGUGUGCCGCUGCUCUGUGGGAAUGGUGCUCCACCAUAGCUCCACACCAGAGGGCACAGAUGGCAGACCAACAUGGCCACUGGGGUGAUUGUCAGGGGGUGGGGGGAACACAGUGUCAAUUCAGUGUCCCCCUGCAUAGGACUAAUGCUUCUUUUGCUGAGGUAUAAGAAUGCCUGUGGUGACUCCUGCCACCAUGUUGAAGGGGCCAUUGUGGAAAAUGCAAGCACUGUUUCACCAUCCCACUAUCAUUUAAAGGGUGAAACCACUACACACUUGCUAACUUGGUGACAUGGUUGCUGGUGGAGAGCUAUCCUUGCAGCACACGGCCACCUCCCUAUUUCGGGCAGGUGUGUAUUCACUGGAGUACUUCGUCUCAUAUGAACGGUUGCUAACACAUUGUGGUACAAUGUGUUAGCAACAGGAAGGCAGACACGUCUUUCUCUUUCAAAGACCUCUUUUUAUGAGCAUUAAACUCCAAAGCUAUGAGCUGGUAGAGCCAUUAGGGUUGUAUCGUGUGUGUAUUGGUGCUCCAAAACAAGUUGCAUAACUACCUGGACAGCUGGCUACAGUAAACCUACCUAACACAUACAACGCUGAGAUUAGAAUUUAUUACGCCCUACGACAGAUGCUGCUUAUUCUGAACACGCCUAUCAAUGGAGCUGUGAGUGUGUUGAAGAAAACAGUAUUAAAUCAAUUUCUGGCACAUGAAUACAACCCAAGGGUUUCGGCCACAUUAAAAAUAUUGGGACCUGUAAGUGAGGUUCACCUGAGAACUUAGCGAGGCAACUGCUAUUCUUCCUGUGUGAACUGGGACUGUUUACCUUUUUUUUCUAUGGAGAAAUUAAAACUGGAGUUUUAUUUUACAAAACUAAAGUAUUCCUCUCUAUCUUGUAUAUACUGCACCUAUAUUAAUUUAUGUCGCUGCUUCUGUUAUUGAAUAUCCCGAGCUGGAUUGUAAGUCAUGAAUAUGUGCCUUGCAACGUAAACUGUGGUUGUAAUAAAUUUAAUAUCACAAUAAAAUGGCAGUUGU